AGUACAUCCACUUUUAGGCAGCAACAGCUUCACUUUUCUGCUCACCACCAUUAAUACCGCUCUCUCAUCUUCACUCACCUUCCCUCCGUCAACCCUAAGUAAAUGCAUUAACAACGCGAUUUCCAAUCAUUUUCAGUUUCAUGUCAACAUCGUGCUCAAAAUUGCAAAAUUAGUGCGUAUAUGUUUGAUGAUUUGACGUUUGUUUUCUAUGAAAUUCAAUUAUCAGGUCAUAUGAACAAAAUAAUCCUAAAUUGUUACUGUUAAAGUGAGCAAACCCUAGUAAUGGCGGAAGAUAGAGGACCUGUGAAACGAUCAGAGGGGAAGAAAAUGGAGGCUUCCCGUAAACAAGGUAACAAUAAUACUAUCAUUAAGAGAAAGAGACUUGAUGCCAAUAUCUUCAAGAAAGGGCAUAUUGAUCAAGCCAAAAAGUAUAAAGUGUCUACUGAAUGUAUGCCAUCUGAGAGCAAAGAUGUUUUGUUGGACAACACUUCGGUACAAAAUCAAAGUUGCAGGAUUGGUUAUGAAGGACAGUCACAGCCUGGGAAUGGAGAAACUAUAUUGGAAAGUGUUGGCCUUAGUCUUGUUGAACAGGAAUGUGACCAGGAUCGGGCUUCCUCAUCAGUAGAUGUCCUGUUGCACGAAAAAACACAUGGUGAAAUGAUUGAAGAUUUGGAGCCUUGUAAUAGUUAUAAUGAUACAAAUUUGAGGACUUCUUCUGUUAUUAAGAAAUCAGAAGACCUACCUGACUUCCAGAAGAAGAUGCCAAGAUACGUCGAGUUCUGGGUUCCUGUUGGUCUUUCAUAUGUACAGCUUGAGAAGUACUGCGAGACAUUAAUUAAAAACUCGAUGUUUCUUUGUUCAAGUUUAAAGAAUGAAGUACUAGAUGGUCUUCAUGAUGUUCUCUCUACGAUUAGGAAGUGCUGUGAUCACCCUUACCUAGUGGAUUCGUCUUUGCAAAAGUUUGUCAAUGAUGGGCGUCCAGUUGGUGAUUAUCUGAGUAACGGAAUAGAAGUCAGUGGGAAACUCCUUCUACUUGAUAAAAUGCUUCAAGUGGUUAAGAGAAAACAGUUGAGAGUGCUAAUUGUAAUUCAGGACAUUCAGUCGAUGGAUUCAAAACUGAUGUCCAAUAAUCUUCAGCACUUCCUAGAUGACUUAAUAUGUGAAAAAGUUGGUGAAGAGUGUUACGUAAACAUCUACCGUGAAUUUGAUUCUUCAAAAAAGCGAGCUGCGAUUAAUCUGUUCAAUGACAAAGAUAGCGGGAAGUUGGUGAUGUUAAUUGAAAAAGGUUCUUGUCAACCAAACGUCAAACUCUUCUCAGUAGACUGUGUCAUCUUAUUUAAUAGUGACUGGAGAUCAACACAUGACUUGAAGUCACUACAAAAAAUGUCUAUACAAUCGAAUGGUGAUAGUUUGAAAGUAUUUCGAUUGUAUUCAUCAUAUAGUGUGGAAGAGAAAGCUCUAAUUUUGGCAAAGGAAGGCAAUAGUUUAGAGAGCAACGUCAGCAAUUUUAGCCACAGUAUAACCCAUUUGCUACUUCUCUGGGGCGUAUUCUCUUUGUUUAGUAAACUUGAUGCAUUGCAUAGUGAUUGCUCAUCAAUUAAAAAUCUUAGUUGUUUGUGCGAAGAUAAACUGGCAGCUGACGUUACUAAUGAGUUUUCAGCUAUUUUAACUUGUGAAGAUGAUGAUAUGAUUAGCUAUUCACGAAUCUCCAAAGUUCCAGGGACUAAAGAUGAUAUUUCUGAGAUUGUAGUUUUGCAUGGUGAAGAAGAUGAACCAACUAGAGAUAAUGAUAUACCACCAUGGGCAAUAUGGAGUAAUCUACUUGAGGGAAGGAAACCUAUGUGGAAACUUUUACCAGGAUCUUCGGAGAGGUUAAGAAGAAGAGGUGAACUCAUGGCCAGUCCGGUUCAGUGUUUUGAAUCUGAUGAUAAAGAUGCAAAGAUGACAAGCAAGAGAAAUUCACAUUCUGGUGAUGAAAGUUUUGGUCCAAAACCAUGGGUACGAAAAGGUUGCCGGUCAGAUUCAGCUAAAAGACGUGGUGAAAUGGCUGAUCCUGGGAAAUUACUUGGUAAAUCUGUCAAACCAUCCUCUUCAAAAUAUCACUACAGUAGCCUGAGUCAGAUAGAAGAAACUUGGCAGCGCAGGAUGAGAGAACUUAUUCUAAAACAGAAAGAAGAAAUUCUUCUAUUUUAUAGGACUAAGAGUGAGAUCAAAGCAAAGUUGGAGAAAGAACAUUAG